AUUCAAGAAAUACUCAAAAGGAAAAAAAAAUAUCUACCCCAUGAUCUGUUGACCUUUGUGCUACCUUUUAUAUAUUUAGUUCUAUACCUUAUUACGUGUAUAUUUACUAAAAGCAGACAUUGUUUAAUAAAAAUAAUGUCCUUUAGAUCAGUAGUUUUGUUUCAGAAGUAAAUCAACUGAGUUUGAUUUUAUCAACUUUUCCAGAGCUUUGUCGUUUUGGUCCAUAGUGUUGCAGAGACUUCGCCUGUGCUUUCUCAUGGCUAGACUCCCUCCAGCAAAGUUGCUUUGUACUUAGCUACCCUGAGGUCCUAUCUUAAGAGAGGUUCAUUCAGUGACAGCACCCAGUUGCGAAGCACAUCAUGAACCCUGCAGCCUACUUUCUGGCCAGACAUCAAACAAGAGUGAGACAUUUUAGGGAGGAAACCUUUAACCUACUUUAAUCUGAACUUUUCCUGUAGUUUCAUAGGGAACAUCUAGAGGUGGCUUUGCCACAUCUAACUUGUGUUGCCUCAAGGCUGUUAUUCUGUCCCUUUAGUUGUAAACAUCUAACCAGGGGACAGAGCCAGACUCUGAUAACAGCCCAAGAACGUGUAGGCUCACGAGGUCUGAGGCAGGAGCAAAUGUUUUAUAUGCUUGUUUCCUUCAACAGGACAGAUCAGAGGCGGCAAACAUUUUCUAUAAAGGGCCAGAUAGUGAUUAUUUCAGGCAUUUCAGGACACAUGGUCUCUAUCAAAAUCACUCAUCUCUGCACCGCAGCAUGAAAUUAGCCAGAGCCAACAUACAAACAGCAUGGCUGUGUUCUAAUAAACUCAAUUUAGAAAAACAGGCAGCUAGUAUUUGAGCCAAAGGCUAGUUUGCUGAACCCUGGUAUAAAUAAAUCUAGGCUAGCAAAAGUUAAACUGUUUGUAGAUUUAUAAAAUUUUCCAGACCUUGAAAAAAUAUUUUCCUAUUUUGUAAACUGCCAACUUUACUGAGUUGUUUUCUUUCUAUUGAUAAGAUAAAGCUAUUCUUACUCACAAGUGGCCAAAGUGGUAAAGGGACAAUCUCUACAUGCUACCUAAUUACACAGUAUUUUGCAUUUGGUAGCUUCAAAAUGAAACUUUUCUUUUCACAGAUAAACACUACAGGUGAAGACUGGCAAGAACAAACACUGAUUUCUGAAGUGCCUGGAAAGGAAAAGCUCUGGUCAGUUUCACGUGGACAAGCCCAGUGUUUUCCAGAGAUGCUGCUGAAGUAGUCUUCGCUACUGCUUCUCUUCACUCAGUGCUCUACAUAACAUGGGAUGCAUGAAAUCAAAGCAAACUUUCCCAUUUCCGACCACAUUUGAGAGUGAGAAGCGACAUGCAAGUGAAGAAAGCUUUAUGCCUGAAGAGAGAUUUCUACCGAGGAUGCCCGUUCCAGUUAAUGCCGACGAGGAAGUGAAGGAACCACGAGGGCCUGAAACUGUGGUCUUCGAGUUUGCACACCGCCUGUCGCAGGAAAUUCUCAGUGACGCCCUGCAGCAGUGGGCGGGCAACAACAUGAAGUACGACGACAUCCCGUACAUUGAGAGUGAGGGGCCCUGACGCCGUAGGAUGCUGAGGAUAACUUUCUAGAAUUGUGGAGGAAGUUGGUGCUAGUUUAAAUACAUGAAAUAAUAGCAAAAACUGGUGUGAAUAAAUACAAAUCACUCCAUCGGGAUGGAGGAAAAAAAAGUCCAUGAUAGUAUCAAGAGUAUACAGGAGUACCUAACAUGACACGUGAUAAGCACUUUUAUGUUAACAGCAAAUUCUUGCUGCUUGGUCUUGGGCUGGAGUCAUUUUAAAGGGCUAAGGACAGGGCCCGCACCACAGUAGUCAGCUGUGUGCCGUACCACUUCCUUCCUGAGCACUAGUAGUAACACCAAAGAAAUCAAAUGGUUAUUUUAAAGACGCUCCUUUUAAAAUAACUAUUUGUUAAUUUACACACACAAACAAGUUAUGAAAAGGAUUUUUCAGAUGUCUUGGCAAAGAACUUGCACUUAAGCCAUGGUAAAUACUAGUGGGUCAUUUGUCAAAGCCAUUUGUGUCAAGGAUCCCUACAGUAGAAAGCACCCCCUGUAGAAGUCCACCUUGAAACCUGUCCUUAACCACCUUCAACCUCAGGUCCCUAACUAGCUGUUAUUAUAGAACUCAAGACUUCACACAACCUGAACAGGAUACAAUUUACAGAAGUCAUGACAAUGUUUAUGGUAUUGAAUUAAGCAGCCCAGUGAUAUAACAAAACAAGAAUUUUUACAAACACCAAAAUAUUAAAAUAACGGGAGUCCUACUCAAGGUAGAAAGCAGAGCCUGUUCUCAGUGCUGCAGAUAUAUGAAGUUUUACUGUCUCAAAGAUGUAGAGAGUUGGUGUAAUGGGCACUCCUUCCCAUCUUUAUUAUUGACUAAUGGGGCAAUUCCCAUUGAGAUUACUGUGGGACCAGUCUAUGCAUGAGACUAUACAGUUGCAUUACAAAACAGAAGAUCAAACACUCCUUGGAAGAGAGUACUCAUGUAUUUUUUUUAUGGUAACGAUGCCCAUAAGGCAUUUCCAGCCAUAUACUAUUUUCU